AUAAUUUCUCCUAUUCAGUACGCGUUCAGUACUUUGGUAUCAUUCAUUAACGAGACAUCAACGGAUCGGAUUUAUUCGUGUCGCAAAUUAUAUUACUAAAUACGUAACAAUGCAUAUGAAAUAUAAUUUUAAUUUACUUUUGAUACAAAUGGCAAUGAUAUUUAUACUCAUAAAUUCUGUCACGGCCAAUUUAUUGGACAAACUCACAGAAAUGACUUUAACAGUGAAUAAAGAAGAGGCUUCAAAACAGGAAAAAGCAGAUAUUUUGUCAAUGGGUCAAUACUUUCAAGAUAUAUUUUCGGAACAUUUGGCACCUCUAAAACUUGAAUUUGGACACGUCUGUGAGAAUCCUAUCGAAUGGGAACAAAGAUUCGAACGAAAAGAUUUUGAUAACAAUCGUUACAGCGGCAAGGUAAUUAUUUUAUUUCGCGAUAUUAUGAGCAUAAUUAUUUAUUUGUGUAAAUCAUACUUUAUAUUUCUUUAUUUUAUAUACAUCUUAAAAGAUUCUUUCGUUAAUUAGAGUAAUACCUUAAAUAUUAAUCAAUUUAUUAAUAUAUCUGUUUGCAAGUAAUUUAUUUCUAA